AUGGGUUCAUGCAUGGAAACUACGGGCAAGUGGCUGACAAAGGGAUGUGUCCAACAGCAAGCCAGAGACCCCGCCUCCCUGGCUGCCAGUCAACAGGCGGCCACGCGCACGCACGGCACGUCGCCGGCGGGUGCGCGCGGAGGGUGUGUGACCGCCGACAACGGUCAGAGGACGCACGCACACACGGCGCUCUCCCCGGGCAACGGAGUGACCGUCCGCACCGUGGCAAUGGCGAUCACCGCUCUCGGCGUCUUGCUGCUGCUGCUCUUCCACAGCGCGACCCCUUACUCAGAUCCUAUAAUUGUCAGAGAUCCUGAAAUCUUGGAAUCCAAAGAAAAUGUAAAGGGAUCAGUUCUUAGCUGCAACCUGACAAACCCACCCUCUAUUAUAGAGGGUCGUGUAUGGAAAAAGGAUGAUGUGGAAAUCCCAACAACUAAGGAUACAGUUGACUCACCAUUGAUGGAAUACAAACUAGAGGCUUAUGAUGCAAAACAUUCAGGGGUGUACUCUUGCCAUUAUUUCACGACUCCUGCUGUCAACAGUACCAUUCUUGUGAAAGCUUCCCCUGGUGUGACUGCAGAGAAGAAAUCUGAACAUAGAACUGAAGGGGAGAGUGGAGUGUUAAUAUGUAAGAGUAGCGGGUUUCCACCAGUUGAGAACUGGUCAUGGUCCCGGGAGACCAAAGCUGGUACUGAGCAAAUUGUCAAUGGAACCAAGAAGUUUCACAUCAAGAGCAUGGGAAAUAAGACUGAGUUGCACAUCUCUUCUCUGGAUAUUGAGCUAGACCAGGGAGACUAUUUCUGCAAUGCAACUAAUGAAGUUGAUGCAAAAGCUGAAAUGAUUCACCUUCGAGUUCGUAGCCGUUAUGCUGCUGUCUGGCCCUUCUUGGGUAUUGUUGCCGAGGUGAUUGUGCUUGUUGCAAUUAUCUUCAUUUAUGAGAAAAGGAGAAAGCCUGAUGAAAUUUCAGAUGAUGAUGAACAAGGAUCUGCACCUUUGAAAAGCAAUUCAGCUACAAAUCACAAGGAUAAAAAUAUCAGGCAGCGAAAUUCUAACUGAUUUGAUACCACCUCGAUGACAGAAAGAGACGGACACGACUUUAAGCUAGACUGCAAAAUGGACAGGUUUUCAAGUUGGUGUAAAGAAUGUCACCUUCAACGCGAUUCAAAUAUUUGAUCGAUGCGUGGAUCAUUUGGAUCUUCAGGAAAAGCUGUUUAACAAUUUAACUGCUGGUGCCUUUUAACUACAGUGUAAUGUCGCUGGCACCAGCAGUCAAUUAAAGGAACAAUGUAAAGUUCUAGGCCUAUCUCACCUGUAUAAACUGGACUAAAAUGUUCUUGAUAAAGAUUUGCUUUUUCUUAACAAUUGGAUUGGAAACUCUGUUCUGUUAAACAGUAAUAUUUAUUGUCCUACUUUAUAUAAAUUAUAGAUUACCAUAAUUAUUUUGGCUGGAAUUUGUAAAUACCCUUGUCACAUAUAGGUCAACAGUAAGGAUGCUGUCUUGCUAUUCUCAUGUUUUUAAUCCUGCAUGUUAAAAUUUUCAAAUUGGCUUCUGAUGUAUGUAGUAUGAUGCUAGUGAAUUUCUCUGAUGUUGUCAUGUUAUUCCCUCUAAUUGAUGCAUACCCAAAGAAGUGAUAGUUUACAAAAGUAUAUUACUAAAUUCAAUGGUUGUGACAAAUGGGCAAGGGGGUCUGUCUUCCUUUAGUUAUUUGGAUAGUAUUCCAGUCUAACCCAUUUAUAUUUCAAUGGUUAUCAUGGAAACAGGCUAGGAUUGCCCGCUGACUGAUGGUUAGGCAGUACAAUAGUUAAAUCAAAGCAGUGAUCUUUGUUCUGAUUUAUACUAUGUAGGUGAUGGGAGUCUACCCAGAAGCAGCAACUAAUAUGCUUCCAUACCAAUUUUAUAGUUAGCCAUAUACGUCAGUUCAGUCAAACCAGUCGGGCAGUAUUUUCAGGCCCUUGAAGGUAAUUUGAGGGAAAAAAAAUUGUGCAUUUUCCAUCAGAAAAAUCUAGAUUGCUGUCAUCAUAGGCUUAAGGAAUCCGAUUCCACCAUGAGCUGGUCUGAAUCCAGUAAUUUUUGUUGGAGCCAUCUAUUUAGGAUGAAUGGCUCAUUAGUUCUCUUUAAAUGGGACUGAGACUCCAGACCUCCCCACACCUGUAAACCUUCACCAACCCACUCUGGAUUUCAUUUGAGAAAUCAUUCCAAAUUCAAUAUUUGAAAAUUUUGAGUGUACUUCAGUGAUUUCCUAAAGCUCAAUUAUUGACCUCAAAAAUAUUUUUCAACUUUCCCUCUUUAGUAUUACUGGUAAAAUUGUGCAUGAUCUCUAGUCUUCAACACACAUUAUUUUCUUGCUUUGUAGGCUGCAAUUCCUAGUUUUCUGUGUGAAUAUAUUUAUAGCACAGUGUGUUACUAUUGUACUUUUAGUGCCAUUGUUCAUGGAACUUAGAUUGCCAAUAUUUUUGCUGCCUAUUUGUCCAGGAAAGAAAAGGCCCAAAUAACUUGGUUACUUUUGUUGCUUGCAGUUUCUGCCUUUUUAAUCUUUAAAAUGAACAAUCCUUGCUCACCAGAGUUUGAAAUGUUGGCCCUAGUGACACUGCAUGUUAAUUUUACGCUCAGUGAUUGUUAUGGGAAAGCAGUACAAUUAUUGUCAAUUUUGCUUUUGGUGAAAUCCUCAUGGCAAUGUAUCUGAUUUGGAAAUAUGUAAUUUUUGUAUAGACUGAGGAUAGUUUGCAGUAUUUGGCCAUCACUGUUAAUUGUUAUGCAUUAAUUCCUGCUGAAUCUUAAUUGCUAAAUUAUUCAAGAUGAAAUUAGAUAAUAUUUUUAAAUUCAUGUUGCCACACUGCCUCAACAGUAUGCAAUAUCUGUGUCUGAAUUCACAUUAAAAUUUUUGAUUUUAUCAA